GAUUGAAUUUAGAAUUCAUCCAAUUAACUAAUAAAUUGCGGAAACGUUGCAAAUUCUGAGGCCAUAAGAUAUAAGGAAAAAAAAAUGUAUCAAAUUGCAUAUUGGUGGUAAAUGAUGUAACAAGAUUACUAAAAAAAAAACAAAUUGUUGCCUAAGGUUAGCUGUCACAUGCAAAUUAAUUCCAUGAAAUGGUCAUGUCCCUAUAAAUAGAUUCUUGAAUCAUUCAUUCCCACAUCAAAAACUAAGUGAACUUUCUUCAAGAAACCAAUCACAAACCAUGACAAUUUCAUCUAAAUCUAGAAGUCUCUUAUAUCCUGUUAGAUCCAUCAGCUUGCCUACAAGAUUACAUCCUAAUGGCCUAAAAAUUGAAGACGAAUUAAACAGGCUGAAAAGCUCAGAAACGUCGUCACAUAGCGUAGAAACAAUUCAGGCUGGUGUUGUUGGACUUGUAGAAUUAUACAAUUCCUUUCAGGAACUAAUUCAGUGUCCAAACACACAAAAAGAUCUUGUCCAACAUCAAAAUGGUGCAUUUGUAGAAGAGGCACUAGAGGGAUCACUUGAGUUACUUGACUCAUGUGCUAAUAUUAGAAACUUGUUGUGUACUAUCAAGGAACAAGUGCAACAUCUUCAGUCAGCGUUACGACGAAAAGGUGGAGAUUCAAGCAUUCAGAGGGAAAUUGGAAAUUAUUUUAUCUCAAGGAAGAAAAUGAAAAAGGAGAUUGGAAAAAACUUGAGGAAAUUGAAGCAUAUGGAGAAUAGAGUUGGAUCUUCUUUGUUUUUGGACAUUGAGCAACACUUAAGCAAAGUAACAGGAAUAACUAUAUCUGUAUUUAAAGCCAUAUUGGUAUUUUUGUCCUGCCAAGAUUCAAAAAUUAAGCCUAGAGGGUGGUCAAUGAUUUCAAAAUUGAUGAUCACAAAAUCAGCUUCUUGCAAAAAUGUCCAAUUUUUUAGUGACAUGGGGAGUGUUGAUAUAGCUCUUGGCGAUCUUCGCGAAGAGAUCAAAAACAAUGAUGCUAAAGUUGAUGCCAAAGUUGCUCGAAGGAGAUUACAGACGCUUGAUGACAGCAUAAAGGGAUUUGAAGCUGGAUUAGAAAGCUUGUAUAAGCAAUUGAUUCAAGCUAGAGUUUCAUUUCUUAAUGUUCUGGCACUUUAAUUUAAGAACACAUUCUUUGUACAUAUAUUAGAGUUUGUCUAUAGGUUAUACACAAAAUUUUUGUUAUAGCUG